AUGGCCGGAAUACCACGAAACAAUGAUACCGCGCCAGUCCCCACUGGACAAUGUCGCACAUUCACAAGUCUUUUUGCAAAAGCAGCUACUGUAAACCCGAAUAUGGUGGAUUUCCAAUCCCUCAAAAACCCAAAGAAGGUCACUUUCUUCAAUGGAACUCCGGAGCUUGAAUAUGAAGAUGAUGAGUUCGAAGAUUUGAUCGCUCCACACAAGAUGAACCUGGUUGGCAAAUUCUCAUAUGGUCGACCAAAAAUGGAGAUCUUGCGGGAAGACUUUAAGAAAAUUGGAUUCAAAGGCGGCUAUGACCUUGGUCUUAUGAAUCCGAGACAUGUGUUGAUUUGGUUCGAAUUGGAGGAGGACUAUCAACGAUGUUGGAUCACAUCUAUAUGGAAUAUUGGCAAAUUUCAAAUGCGCAUUAUGAAAUGGCAACCGGGGUUUAAGUUCGAGGAAGAUCCUCCGAUCGUUCUAAUUUGGGUUUCGCUUCAUGAGCUGCCUUUGGAAUGGACACACCCUAUGGUGCUCUACUCCAUUGCCUCUGCUGUUGGGAAGCCUUUGCAAGUGGAUACACCAACCCUUAAUUUGACAAGGCCUUCCGUAGCGCGAUUCUGCGUUGAGGUUGAUCUAAUGAAGGAUUUGCCAAAAUCAAUCAGAAUUGGGAAAAAAGGGAAGAAGUACGAGCAGCAUUAUACCUAUGAAUAUGUUCCGUCUUAUUGUCCAGCGUGCUGCAAAAUUGGACAUAAAGAAGUGGACUGUAAGAAAGGAAAAGGAGUGAUAAAAGAAGAUCUGAAAACAGCAGAACACGUCGCUGCGGAGAGAAUUUCGACUGGGGCUAAGGGUGGCUUGCGGUUGCAGCAGAAAAAGGUUACUUGGGGUUCCAAACAAAAAGGUAAAAAGGAUGAAUUACAGGUCACUAUCAUUCAAGAAAACCCUCUUAUAGUAAAGGGUGUACAGACUGCUGUUGAAAAAUCGCAGCCUGCGGGAACUUUGAAGCUGGCGGCAACCCUAAUUUUCAAGCCUGCGAAAACUCAUGCCGGGGAAUCAACUUCGGGCUUGUCGGCAUUGGAGAAAAGAGCUAUUCCUGUUGAUAUUAUUGAUAGUCAACCUCUGGAUUCUGGUUGUCAUAAGGUGGGAAAUGUUGAUGGUGUGCAAAAGAAAGUCAUCGCGCAAGGGAAUGAUGGCUCUUUCGAUCCUGAGAAACGAGCUGUAGAUGGUUCGAAGAAGGACGUCAUCGCGCAAGGGGAUGAUGGGUUCUCUUUGCAAUCAAACCAGCUUGAUCAGGAUUCAGCAGCAGAUGAAGCUCUAUUGAAUAUUGACGCUCCAUUAAUUCAAUCCAAUAAAAGCGAAGCAUCAUGCCAACUGGUUCAUGAUGAUCAAACAAAGAGCAAUAACCAAGAUGAAGGUUUUGCAAAGCUUGCUUACCCGGAUGAUUCUUUGGUAAUGGAUUUGAAUGAAACGGAUGAUGAUGAUAUUGCGCAAGGGGAGUGUUGGUUUGAAGGCGAUAAGGAUGAGGCUGUUUUGGGUGGAAAAGCGCAAGGGGUUUUUUCUACCAAGAAGAAAAGAGGCCGCAAAUCGAAGGAGGAGCGAGGCAGACGAAUAAGGAAGGAAGCCUCUCAGCGACGUUUGAGAGCUCUUGUUCGGAUUUAUAGAGUUGGUUUUUUGGUGAUCUUGGAACCAAUGUUAACCAUAGAUAAAUUGGAUGCAAUAAGGCGUGAGCUGUUUUCUGAUUUUGCGUUCUCCUCAAGUACUAGUAAAAUUUGGGUUUUUCAUAAUAAAUUCUACACCGUUAACCGGUUGCAAGUUCGUGAGCAAGCAAUGCAUUUUGAGGUUGGAUAUGUGCCUCUUCAAACGAAUUUUCUAGUCACUGCAGUAUAUGCAAUGUCACAAAAAGUGGAGAGAAGAUCCCUAUGGUCUUUGGAAGAGUAUUCGGGAAACUCAAUUCAGGAUUAUGAUGCUAUUGAUGAGUUUAACCAGUGUAUAGAAGCUAAUAAUCUGAUGGAAGCUCAUUAUGUUGGUGAUGAAUUCACUUGGGGUGGGACGCGUACUACAGGUUGGGUUAGUAAGAAGUUGGAUCAUAUCCUCUUUUCUCAAGAGUGGAUGGAAAUAUUUCCCCGUGUUUCCAUUGAGCUCUUAAGUCGCACUAUCUCGGAUCACUCCCCUUUGUUGCUUCGGUUUGAUACUCAACUUGAGACUAGACCAAGAUGUUUCAGGUUUCAGAAAAUGUGGCUUAGAAGAGGUGACUUCAAGAACAUUGUAAAAGCUAGUUGGUUGCAGCCGGCAAAUAGAUUUGGCAUGAUGGCUUUCUCGAUCAAAUUGUGUAGACUGAAGCUAGUGCUAAAGGAAUGGAAUAAAACACAUUUUGGUGAUGUUUUUGAGAAUUUGAGAAAUGCGGAGGAACGAGUGAAGGAGUUGGAAGUGCUGUAUGAUCAUUCUGGUCACGAAAAUGAUAGUGCCGAUUCAUGUGUUGGCAGCUAUUCCUCCCCCAGUAAAUGUGUUGAAGGAAAUGGAGAGAAAAUGUCAAUGGUUUCUAUGGCAUGGGGGGAACAAAGAAAAGAGGAGGCAUUGGAGAGUUUGGGACCGGCUGACCUUUCCUACUUCUAA